AUGCUGCCCCUUUCCCACCCCAUCCUGCCCCAGACACAGGAGGCCAUGCUGCACUCUGCCUACGCCUUCCCUGCCCAAGACUCGGAGAGGACGCCUAGGUAUGGCCGCGGAUCGGACGGCGCCGGCUUUCGCGCCUCUUCUCCCGAACACACUGGGGGGAAAAAGGAGACUACGCCGACAAAGCUGCCUCUUUGUGAUACCACAGUCUCUCGGGCUGCCUCCACCUCGCCUGUCUCGUCUACGUCACCUUCAGCUGGAGUGGCACUCAAGAGGAAAACAACAAGCAAGGCAAGAAACGGCGAGGCCCCGCGUAGUACGCGUCGACGAGGUGAAUGUAAAGACAAAAGGAUCAUGGAACGAUCCCGCCCUGCCCCAGCAUGGCUCACUGGCUCAGCCCCAGCCAUCCACCCUCCUCCUCCUCCCAGCACACACUUCUUCCCUCAACUAAUAUCUGAAGCCCGGACAAUACCCGUCACUCGACCAGGCUCGACGCCUCCUGCUUCUUCUAAGACCCUGAAGCAGAGAAGGGCAUCAGUACCCAUUGUUGUAUCGCACAAGACCGGGAGAGUGGCAGAGGAUGAGCAGCCUGUAGAUGUUAUGCGCCUCGCAGCUUCUCUUGCUGGCGAACAAUCUUCUGCCCCAGGGCCUCUUGGGAAAAGUCAAAGUGUAGGCGGUCUCUACGUCGACCCGACAUACACUGCCAUCUCGCCUUCACCUUCUCCAUCCCCCGACGCUUACCCCUCAUCCACCCCGCCUGCCUCUUCCGCCGCGUCUACUUUCUCCCUAUCGUCUACGGCCAAUACCAGCACCGCUCCGAACUGGGCUUCCAGUUCCAUCCACCGCCGCGCGAGCGAACCAAACACCACCUCAUUCUACACUCCCCUCCACGCCCCAAAGCCCUCAACCAUCAAUACCGUCCCCUCCUACACUCCCCUCCACGCCCCAACGCCCUCGACCAUCAACACCGUCUCCACCUCCCACACCACCACUUUCCAAACGCCCCGCCAAGUAUCGAGCUGUACUGCUCCUUGGGCAAGUGUGCCGAUCCCUUCUUCGGCUGCUUUGUCUUCUGCGGCGGCCGUGUUUGGGAGUUGGCAGGGCUGGCAAGGGCAAGGGCAAGGGCAGGGGCAAGGACAGGGGCAAGGGCAUGGGGGUUGGACGUUACCGACUGUGACGGAGAGUCGUCUUUUGGACGGAGAAGCGUCGAUGUUGAAAUGGAGGACGUCGACGGUCUCGGUGGGCUGUGACCCAUACAUCAUAUCGUCACCGAUGGAUAUGGGAUGGACAUCUUCGACGUCUUCUUCUUCUACUUCAUCUUCUUCAGAGUUUUCUGGUUGUGAUUCGCAGCGUAAUUCUAUCAGUAGUACGGCAGGACCGAGUACACCCGGGUCAACAAGUCCUUAUCUCUAUCCUUCGUUCUACGACUUUGCCUCUGGGGCCUCCGGCAGUUCUGCUGCUCCCGCGCCUGCUCCUAUCCCCGGGGUAGAGCCAACCUACCCCUCCCAGGCGCCUUAUCUUCCGGCUCCGCCUUCAUACCCCCCAGAGCUUCCGAUGGGCACCUACAUCGCCCCCUCCCAAUCCAAUUUCUCGUCAGAUCACGUGUUUUCAAACUAUCACUGGCCGGCAUCAACGCCUACCGUUCCUGCCUCUACAUCCGCCCCUACAGCUCCGCUUGCGCCACCACCUCAUCUCCCUCCUCCCCAGGUCGCGCCCACAACAGUGAAGACAGUGCAAAACUACCCAAACUACCCACGUGCACCGCUCUCUCCGCCGGCUGAACAGCCAUACAAACUCUCUCCCUUCCCUGCUCCUCUUCCCCCUCUUCCCGCUACGUGCAGUACCAGCGCAAAUGGGGAUGGGUCUGCACCGGCUUGGAGCGUCAUUCCUGUUGACGUGCGUCAACCUGGGCUUGGGGUGAGGGAAUUUAGUGGGUACGGUGGUCAGGCGUUGGGAAUGGAAGGUGUGAGUGGGAUGGAUGGGAUGGGGCAUUCGUCAGCACCUGGUGGGAAGGUGUAUAACUACCAAAACCCGUUCCUGUGCGAAGCUAUGCGCGGGAGUAGGGGUUAGCAUCCCAGGUCGUCGGUGAUCAUACGAUACAUUGAUCUUUGGCCUAUCGCUUAAAGUGUAUAGAAAGGAGAGAAGAUGUUGUACUGGACUGUCCAGCCUUUGGUAUAGUCUUGUUUUUAGGCUUGGUAGAUAGUAGUUUUAGUUAUUCCUGGCAUGGGCAGCCGAUCUGGUUUUACAACAACACACGCGCCUUUUUCUUUUCCCCGUUCCCCGUUCCCCAUUCCCGGCAUACACGAGGGAUUUCUUUUGCGAUUACAUGCAUCUUAAGCACUUCCGAG